AUGGAGCGGCGAGGUGGCACAGUUUGCGUGCUGGAGAGGCAAAUAUUUGAUUUCCUUGGAUACCAGUGGGCACCUAUCCUGGCAAAUUUUAUUCAUAUUAUCAUCGUUAUUCUGGGUUUAUUUGGAACUAUUCAAUAUAGACCUCGCUACAUAACAGGAUAUGCUAUCUGGCUAGUCCUCUGGGUUACAUGGAAUGUGUUUGUUAUCUGCUUCUACUUGGAGGCUGGGGACCUCUCAAAGGAAACAGAUCUGAUUCUGACUUUUAAUAUCUCAAUGCACCGUUCUUGGUGGAUGGAAAAUGGCCCAGGAUGUACUGUGACAUCAGUGACACCAGCCCCUGACUGGGCCCCAGAGGACCAUCGCUAUAUCACGGUCUCAGGGUGUUUGCUCGAGUACCAGUACAUAGAAGUGGCACACAGUUCUCUCCAGAUCAUCCUUGCAUUGGCAGGGUUCAUCUACGCCUGUUAUGUUGUGAAAUGUAUUACUGAAGAAGAGGACAGCUUUGAUUUCAUAGGUGGAUUCGACUCUUAUGGCUAUCAAGGCCCACAGAAGACAUCUCAUUUACAACUACAGCCCAUGUACAUGUAA